AUGUUCCGCGCAACAAUAUCAGGAUUGAGGGCUGGUGAAAUGCGCCAGUUCAUCACAGCCUCUCGAACCACGAUUCAAAAUACGACACCUACAAGAUCAGAUAUUCUGCGCAAGCUGCCGCAGCGAACAAUAGUCACAUCUUCCUCUACUCCUAUAAAUUCUCUCCGCUCAAAAUCUCGUCCGCAGACUACCAAUUUUACAUUUUCAUCGAAUCCGAGACCAACUUCGGAAACAUUGUUCCAACGUCUUCGCACAAGGACAAAUAGAUACUUUCAUAAUUCAAGACCGAGGAGGAACGGAGAAGCAAAGCCUGAAAAUGUGGGGGAUGAAACUAGUUUAUCAGGGAGAAUGAAGAAGUUGAGUAGAGAAUAUGGGUGGAGUGUGGUGGGAGUUUAUAUCUUUUUAUCUGCAGCGGAUUUUCCAUUUUGCUAUCUGUUGGUCAGGACGCUGGGAACGGAUAGAAUUGGUGAAUGGGAACACACAAUAACCUCCUCCGUCAAAUCUAUAAUUCCCGAGUCCAUCAAAACCACUUUCCACGAAUGGCGUGUCGCCAUGAAAAAAGCCUCGCAAGACGUUACUGGAUCCGACAAGCUUGGCGACGGGGUCGAAAUGGCAGGAUGGGGUGUAGAAGAAGCAGAAGAGCGCAACAAAAGAGAUGCUAGUCUGGGCACUCAAUUGGCUCUCGCCUACGCGAUUCAUAAAUCGUUUAUUUUUAUUAGAGUACCCUUGACGGCGGCGGUGACCCCGAAGGUUGUGAGGACCUUGAGGGGCUGGGGAUGGGAUAUUGGAAAGAGGACGACUAAGGAGGCAAAGAAGAUCGCGGCGGUGAAACAUGCGGCUCAACCAGCGAAACCUCUUAGGAUGAAGGUCAAGAAGGUCUUUCAGACAAAGAAAAAGUAGAGGUUAUUGAGAAGGCAUGAUUUGGAGGAAUGAGGUGUAUAUAUGGGUAUGGUACAUAUGUUUGGAGAAAUCUCACUCUACUGUAAUUAUGUAUGAAGCGAAGUGGUUUAUAAAAGUGGACAGAGGAAGAAAAGGAUAUGAACCAAAUGGAAUGGGAAGGGGGAAUGAAUGUUACGAUUAGCAGAUCAUGGUAUGGUAUGAUGAGAACCAAAAAGCAUUGGAAGGAGUUCAUCGUGUUUUAUCCAUAUCUCACGAGCUACACAGCGCGCAUAGAUAGCAAUGGAUACUUUUGCAUUGGAAGGGGAAAGUUAUGUCGAAUAGAUUACUCUUCUCUUAUUGUAUGAUGGUAAUACAUAUUUUGA